GCCUGAAUUUCUGUAGAUAAAAAAAUGAAGAAAGGUAGGUUAGAAAAUUUCCUGGUGCUGACAUUCUUCAGCGUUAGAACAAGAGUCAUGUUUUUUCAGGAGUGGUAGAAAGGACACUUUGCUCUUUUGGACAUCCUGGACACCAGCUUCCACUGCAGGCCUUGACUAGGCAAAGCCCAGAGUGCAGGGUCAGCACUGACCCCACCAGGGCCCUGGGCUUGGUGUGAAGGGUGCUGGAAGGCCCGGAACUAUUCUCUGGGGCCCUGUACUUCAUGCAUCGGUUGGCCUUGGGGUUCACACAGGAUGUUUCGCUCAUAGGGCUGAGCAGACCCUGAUGGAGCGACUCUCAAAUGGGGGUAGGGUGUGUUCUCCUUAUCUCCACCGAGCCAAAACAGGACUGAGGGGCAGCUGGGGUCUGUCCCAGGUGGAGCUGGUGCAGCCCCACCCCCACCAGGCUGGCCCUCUGCCCCCUGGUCCACCACAGCUUCUCACAAGUUCUUGGACCUCCACUGCCUCUCAGGACGAGGGUGUCGCCCACCUGAAGACGGCAAGCCAGAUCCUGAGUGAUGCUGCUGAGCUGACAGCCCACGGCCCCACCGUUCCCCAUGGAGAAAGGACUCGCUUUACCCCAGGACUGCUGGGACUUUCUGCACAGCCUGAGGAUGAGGAGCAAAUAUGCCCUUUUCCUGGCUUUUGUGGUGGUGGUUUUUGUCUUCAUUGAGAAGGAAAAUAAAAUCAUAUCAAGGGUGUCAGACAAGCUGAAGCAGAUCCCGCAACCCCUGGCUGAUGCCAACAGCACCGACCCAGCCCUCAUCUUGGCCGACAAUGCGUCCCUCUUGUCCCUGAGUGAGCUCGAUUCGGCCUUCACCCAGCUGCAGGGCCGCCUGCGAAACCUCAGUCUGCAGCUGGGUGUAGAGCCGGUGGGGGAAGAGGCUGGGGCGGAGGCUGAGGUUGCAGCUGGGGACGAGGGGUCACCGCCACCCCCGGGGGCCGGGCCCCGGCGCCACGUGCUGCUUAUGGCCACCACGCGCACCGGCUCCUCAUUCGUGGGCGAGUUCUUCAACCAGCAGGGCAACAUUUUCUACCUCUUCGAGCCGCUGUGGCACAUCGAGCGCACAGUGUCCUUCGAGUCGGGAGGUGCCAGCGCUGCGGGCUCAGCCCUGGUCUACCGCGACGUGCUCAAGCAGCUGUUCCUGUGCGACCUGUACGUGCUGGAGCACUUCAUCAGCCCGCUGCCCGAGGACCACCUGACCCAGUUCAUGUUCCGCCGCGGCUCCAGCCGCUCGCUGUGCGAGGAGCCCGUGUGCACGCCCUUCGUCAAGAAGGUCUUCGAGAAGUACCACUGCAAGAACCGCCGCUGCGGGCCCCUCAACGUGACGCUGGCCGCCGAAGCCUGCCGCCGCAAGGAGCACAUGGCCCUCAAGGCCGUGCGCAUCCGGCAGCUGGAGUUCCUGCAGCCGCUGGCCGAGGACCCGCGGCUGGACCUGCGCGUCAUCCAGCUGGUGCGGGACCCGCGCGCCGUGCUGGCCUCCCGCAUGGUGGCCUUCGCGGGCAAGUACGAGGGCUGGAAGAAGUGGCUGGCUGAGGGGCAGGCGCGCCUGGGGGAGGAGGAGGUGCAGCGGCUGCGGGGCAACUGCGAGAGCAUCCGGCUGUCGGCGGAGCUGGGGCUGCGGCAGCCCGCCUGGCUGCGCGGCCGCUACAUGCUCGUGCGCUACGAGGACGUGGCGCGCUGGCCGCUGCAGAAGGCGCGCGAGAUGUACCGCUUCGCCGGCAUCCCCCUGACGCCGCAGGUGGAGGACUGGAUCCAGAGGAACACGCAGGCGGCGCAGGACGGCAACGGCAUCUACUCCACGCAGAAGAACUCCUCGGAGCAGUUCGAGAAGUGGCGCUUCGGCAUGCCCUUCAAGCUGGCGCAGGUGGUGCAGGCCGCCUGCGGCCCCGCCAUGCGCCUCUUCGGCUACCGGCUGGCGCGGGACGCCGCCUCGCUCACCAACCGCUCCGUCAGCCUGCUGGAGGAGCGCGGAACCUUCUGGGUCACGUAGGCGGCCCCGGGCUCGCGCACGCGCACUCCCCUCUUUGGGAAAGACCCGCCCUUGCCUGCCUUGCCCCCAGGACAGCCGGCGGUGAGCUGGUGGCUCCGGUAGAGGGCGACCGGGCGGGUGAGCGGCCUCCAGCGGGGCAGGCAGCCUUUCUGGAGCAGUGGGCUCCCGCCAUGUCGCAGCCUGGGGCCUGGGGUCUCUCACCGAGAGCGGGACAGCGCCUGUCCCCCAGGGCCGCCAGGCCAGCACCUAAGGAGCUGUGGUCUCCUGAGUAGGCAUCCAGGCCUGGAGCUAUUGACAACAAGCCUUCCUCUGUCUCUUGUCUCUCUCUCUCUCACACACACACACAAUAUAAGAAACAUGCAUAAAUGCCUACAGACCCUGUGGGCCAGAGUCCUGGUGUUGAUCUGGAAGUGGCUGUGCGCACAGACAAGUCAACAGCAGCCCUCCCGUUGUACUCAGCCUUCAUCGUUCAGUUUCUGGGUUUCUGGAUUUCUGCACCAUCCAGUGUGGGAAUCCUCAUGGAUCCCUGGGGAGGGACUGGAACCGCCCAGAAUGUCAGGGGAUGGCAGUUGGGGCUUUUCAACCAAGAACGGUUCGAUAUUUUCACAAAUGGAAGAGCUGGGCCGGUUAUGAAAUCAGGCCUACAAGGAACUAUAAAACACACACGUGUGUAAAAAUAAGGCCUCUAUGUAUACCACACAUAGACCCAAACAACAUAGAAGUCCAAAUCCACACACACAUACACAGGCAAGCUGCCCUGUUGCUUUAUUCCCACAGAAUUUAAUUAUCACGCCCCUAAUGGGGAGCCUUUCAUUACAUUUUUAGAAUUAGCUGGGGAUGGGGAAGGAAACACCAUCAUGGACCAUGACCCUGCUCCUGACCAGGUUUGAACUGAAAGGUAGACCCAGAAGGGCUGAGUCUGCAGCCUCUGCCCGCCUUGGUUUCCCCUGGCUAUCUCCUCUGGCCCAUUCAUGUCCUCCCUGCUGGCAGGCAGGAUGUUUUGAAAUGGGGUGGCCAGCCCUCACAUGACUGCAGCCCUAAUACCCUGUCCCAGCUGGGCUGGCUCCCUGAGAGCAUGACCCUGUGUGAAGGCUCCCCCAGGCCUGACUGGAGGCAAAAGGCAGCUGGCAAGUCCUGCCAUUUUUGCCAGGCCUCAUGUGGGGCAGGGCCCAGAAGAGAGUACAGAGAGCUCUUGGGGGAGAAGUCGUAUCAGGAUACCCCCCUACCCUGGGAAGACAGGGUACAGAGGUCAGCCUUGCGGUUGGUCACCGUGGUUACAUGGUUAGUGUCUGGAAUUCCAACUUUCAGGGCUCUGGGAAGAGGGUUGCUGGGUAUUCUACUUGUUGGGUUUUUUUUUUUUUUUUUUAAGUUAUUUAUAGUUUGGUAUCUUGUUUUGUGGCUGUUUUUUAAUUUUCUUACUGCAAGAGUGCAGCUUCGAAGCAGUCUUGUCAUGAGGGGGUUGGGAAGACCAGCAGGGAACACCCUGGGUCCUGCUGGAGGGAGAGGAGGAGGAGGAGGAGGAGGAAGGAUCAGAGCCUAGGCGGCCACAUGGCAGCCUACAGUGCCCCACGGGCUUUUCUGUUUGAGCCUUGUGUGAAAUGAGUCUCAGAAGCCACCUGGGUUCUUUGCUGUGUGUCGAGAAGCGACAUAAAUUAGCUCUCGCCCUUUCCCAAGACAAGGCCAGAUUGGAACAUCUCAAAGUCCAAAUGAAUUUCCUUGGGGUGGAGGGGGUCAGGGGCCUGUGGCCAAGCAGCAAAUGUCCCCACACUGGGGAGCAGAACUCAGUCUCCCUCAGACCUCGAAGAGCUGCAGAGUUCACUAGGGCUGUUUCUGAUUUCCUGGACAACUCCUCUGUCAGAUCUGUCCUGUUGUCAAACCCAGAGGGCUGAGUUUCAGUCUGAGUAAUUCGGACACAAGGAAAACAGGAUCUGAGUCCAGCUGAUGCUGCCAUGGGGAUUGUGUCCUGGCCAGAAGCUGCUGUUUGAGACGCUGAGGACCGUAGCCAUUUUGUGGGGUCUGUGCCCAUUACCACAUUGGAGCUGCUGGGUCUCCCAUCACCGUGGACUACAGUCAUUCAAGGAUGUCUCCAGUCUUGGCUUUCCAGUCCCAGAAUAAGUGGUGCAGGGGCUCAAAUUUGGGGUCCAAAGGGAUUCCAGCCCUGAAAACUUCACUCUGCGGCAGAGUGAACCCAAGAGCCUUCUGGUGAGCCCAGAAGUGCUGGCUUUUCCUCCCCCUACCCCACUGCGUCCCACCUGUGGUUGGUGGGGCUGGGGCAGGGAUGGGGGCAGGCACCUCCCUCUGGGGCUCUUCUUGCCCCCUGACCCCUGCCCUGGUAUGGACAGCAGACUUCUUCCUUCCUGUGCCUCAAGCUAAGGUCUCCACCCCGGAGCUCUGAGGACAGUGCCGAGAAUGGACCUUUGGGACUUCUCAGGACAUUGACAAUUUGUACACUAAGAGUUGACUUUAUUUAUUUAUCUUGUGACAAAGAAGAGACAUAAAAUACCUUAUUUGCAGGGACUCAAAGCUGUACCCAAAUCAAGAAAGACGAGAAUCCGUAAUAGAAACUCGCGCCAUACUCGGAGUACACUCCAAGAAGACGAUUCAAAAUACAAGAGAAGAGCAAAGCCCAAGGGCCGGGGGUGUUGGACUGUCCUUGGGGCAUUGUUUAAGGAGGUACCUCGUUUUUUUCUUGUAGUUUUGAUGAUGCGACGUUGAAGGCCCUUUCUGCUGUAUUUCCCUUUGCCCUGGUGUCUGAAACAGGACACAACUCGAGAGAGUGCUCAACAGCGCCCUGGGAACCCUCGGGGUUUGAGGAAGGACAGGGUGGGGUGACUACUGACUUUACACUCUGGGGGACCUGGUUCAGGUAUGCAUUUGGGGUUUUCAGCAGGCAGCUGGGACGAGGAUGGUGGCCCAUUUGGGGCAAGUGUCUCCCCUGUCGCCUAGGCCAGCCCAGGCGUCUCUGCUCUUGCCAGCUCUAGUGUCCCCCUCCCCACCCCCUGCACCGUGUUCACCUGCAUUCAGAUGGAGGGAGCAGCUGAGGCCUCACCUUUGGGGCUGCCAGCUUCUCCAGAACAAGAGUCCCAUUCAGGAAUGAGUGUUUACUCAUUUUCUUUUUCCUGAUGAAGACCUCUUUAGCCUGGCCUGUAUAAAUAGUUCAGAACAUUUCCAGGCCUUAGUGAGACAGGGCAGUGUCUUAACACCCACAGGCUGUUACCGCAGCUGCCUAUUCCUGGCUUCUCCUCUGGCCUUGUUGGUAAACGCUGGAGGGGAUAAAGGCGCCAGGUUGGGGGCAGGGGUCUUUGGGAGCAGGGUUCCUGAGUCCCCACAGAGAGGAAAAAAAGCAGAUUCUCAGCUCUGUGGCCCUCUCCCUCCCCACCCCACAUCACUGCACGUUAUCACCAAGUUCUUACUAAGGUUGAAGGACAUGAACAAAAUUAGCCUUUGGUCCCUUUAUGUGAUACGUAUACUUGAAAAUAACUAAAUGAAUAGAAAGAAAUGUUUAAUGAAGAUUGGCUCCCUGUCUGCCAGUAGCCUCAGCCUGGAAGCUUCUGCCAGGUGCUCGACGAAUGGGGCAGCUGCUGACAGGACCCCUGAGAGCCCAGGGCCCACCCAACCCAUUACAGUAGCGUCUUUCCACACCACCACUGUCCUGUCUGAUGAUGGAGCAAGUUCUAGCAGGAAGGCAGGGAUCCCUGUCCCAGGAGAUGAGCGCUUGGCCUGGUGAGGUAAGCAUCAGAUGGUCUGGUCCUGACCCCAAAGGUCUCUUCCAGCCCUGGUCCCAGAUUAGGUCCUGUUUUAAUUGACUGAUGGCCUGCCCUUCACUAGGCCCUGGAUUAUGAAGGAGAGGACCAGAAGAGCAGAUGGCCGCGUCCCUGAGGCAGUCCCUGGCUCCUGGCUCCAAGGCUGAAAGCAAAGGCAGGUCCCGAAGGGAUGGCUAUCUGGGGCAGGAAGAAAGGAGGGUGGGCAAAGGGAAAUGCAUCUGCAGAAGCCAAGUAAGGGUAAGUAGGGGUUGCCCAUUUGCACAAAGUAGAAGGAGCAUCCACUGAGCUCCAAGGGUCCCAGGUUGGUAGGUUUGCUAGUGGAGAUCGCCAGGCUGUGGUCCAGUUGGAUGAGAGGCAGAAGGCUUCCUGAACGUUUCCUGAAUGCAGCCACAUCCCCUCUCAGCUGCGCACAGUUUCAGGAAUCGUGGAAGCCGCCCUUAACCUCAGAAAGAGGAAGCAGAAUUGGCAAAUUCAGUCUUAGGAGCUGGGAGAUCCGGAUGCUUUGGUCUGGGGUCCUUUGUCAUUCCAUGACUGUGCCUGGGGGAUGAGUGAGGCGUGUGUUUCUGAGGAUAUGGACCCGGGCCAUCCCCGUGGGCCCAGCUCACAGUGUACACCAAGUAUUUUAUUUGGGAAAAGACCCUGCUUCCUCUACCACCGGGCUUGAACUGGGCACCCCAGAAAUCCAUCUCCUCUGUUUCAGGCAAAGUUUGCCUGGCUCCCCUGCCCCCUCCUGGAUCCCACAAACUCAUUGCCAAGCUCUCGGCCCUGUGUCACGUUUCAUGGCCACAUGGUAUGGGACACUCCCUUUGUGGCCAUGUGUGUCCACACGUAUGUAUGUAUACUGUCCGCUCUGCUCAGCCACGUUGCCCCUAGCCCUGCCGCUGUCAUAUGUCCCAGAUGUCCUUGCCAUGGCUGCCGUCUGCCGUCUCCUGGAAACACAGGGGCCACCGCCGGUCAGGGUCCGCUUUGUGGAACAGAAUGUGAACCAUCACUUGAUGGCUUACUUGACUUAUUUAAUUAAAAAUGAAAACACGGAGUGAGCAAAAUCUGAAA